AUGCCUGCGCCAAACCAAAAGGUCCUCAGUUCUUGGUUGAGCAAGAAGAUCAGAGCUAGCGAUGUUAUCCACCCUGACGACUGGCAUCCCGCCAUCAAAGACUUUCGGGGAGUGAUAGAGGGCGACCCGGAGCUGUACAUGCUCUUCCACAUGAUGUUCGAGCAGAUCCCGGAGAAACCUCCGUACUGCAAUGAUCCGUCAGGCAAGCCUCAGGUCAAGGACUACAUGACGCUGCUCAGCCUCUUCAAUCACAUCAUACAAACGACAUGCGAGUGGGAAGACCACCACUGGGUCGGUUUCCCCAUCAACGCUGUUCUCUGUUGGCCCAUGGGCACAGCUGCCGGCUCGGCUGCAUUCACAAACGUCAAAGUGAACAAUCAAUUUAAAGCGAUGUUCGAUGUCUGGGCAGAGCUCCUCCAGUCCCCUGACUCCCGAGAGCACCUCACGACAGCCCCUAACGGGUGGUUCGGCCCCGCAGCGAUGCAGCGCACACCCGACUUCAUCGACACCUUUAUGUGCGACCCGGACGCCCCGCAUUCUGGCUUCACGUCCUUCGACGACUUCUUCACUCGGCGCUUUCGCGACGGUGUGCGCCCAUUAACACGAGGGGACGAUGACGCGCAAAUUGUCAGUCCGAGUGAAUCGACUACAUACAACAUCUCGUAUAGCGUCAAAGCCCUCGACCAAUUCUGGCUCAAACAACGCCGAUACUCGCUAUACCAUAUGCUCGCCGCCGACCAAAUACCCGACCUCGCGGAGCAGUUCGUCGGCGGGACGGUGUACCAAGCCUAUGUUGACACGCUGGACUACCAUCGGUACCACAGUCCCGUCAACGGGCGGAUUGUACGCGUGCUGCACGUCCCGGGGACAUACUACGCUGAGAACCCUGCUUUCGGCUAUGAGCGCGCCGGUGGGCCGGCGUCCACGGCGUCGGAAGAGCAGGCGUUCCUCACAGCAGUCGCGACCCGGGCGCUGGUGUUCAUCCAGGCGCGAGAACCAGUUGGGCUGAUGUGUUUCAUGGCGGUUGGGAUGGCGGAGGUGUCGACGUGCGAGGUGACGGUGAAGGAGGGGGACGAGGUGCGCAAAGGCCAGGAGCUGGGCAUGUUUCACUUUGGAGGGUCGACGACGUGCUUGGUGUUUCGGCCUGAAGUGCGGGUAGUGUUUGAUGCGGAGGUGCGCGAACUGGGACGCAGGGUGCUAUUAAACUCCCCUCUCGGACGUGUUGAGGACGGGCCUGAUCCAUCACUAGCAGACUGGCUUUUCGUGGAUGAGGCUCGGGUGGACAGUAUUGAAGGAAAGUGCAGCGGAUACGAUCGGGCUUGUACCAUCGCUUAA